CACUGUGAAGCACAUCCAGAUGAUAAUGGAGCGGUUGCUGAGAAGGAUCAACCGGACCGUGAUCGGGAUGAGCCGGCAGUCUCCCCACAUUGGGAGUUUUGUGGCUUGCAUGAUUGCCAUCCUGCGGCAGAUGGACGACAACCACUACAGCCAUUACAUCAGCACUUUCAAAACCAGACAGGACAUCACUGACUUCCUCAUGGAGACUUUCAUCAUGUUUAAGGAUCUGAUUGGAAAGAAUGUCUAUGCCAAAGACUGGAUGGUCAUGAACAUGACCCAGAGCAGAGUUUUCCUCCGUGCUAUAAAUCAGUUUGCUGAAGUCCUCACAAGAGUCUUCAUGGACCAGGCAAGCUUUGAGCUUCAGCUCUGGAACAAUUACUUCCAUUUGGCAGUAGCAUUUCUCACCCAUGAGUCUCUUCAGCUUGAAACCUUUUCACAAGCCAAGCGUAACAAAAUUGUAAAAAAAUAUGGGGAUAUGAGAAAGGAAAUCGGCUUUAGAAUCCGGGACAUGUGGUAUAAUCUGGGUCCCCACAAAAUCAAAUUCAUCCCCUCCAUGGUGGGUCCCAUUCUGGAGGUCACUCUGACCCCUGAAGUAGAGCUCCGGAAAGCCACAAUCCCCAUUUUCUUUGAUAUGAUGCAGUGCGAGUUCAAUUUCAGUGGAAAUGGCAAUUUCCAUAUGUUUGAGAAUGAGCUGAUCACGAAGCUGGACCAGGAGGUGGAAGGGGGCAGAGGAGAUGAACAAUACAAGGUUCUUCUGGAAAAACUGCUCCUAGAACAUUGCCGGAAACAUAAAUACCUCUCCAGCUCCGGGGAGGUCUUCGCCUUCCUGGUCAGUAGCCUCUUAGAGAAUCUGCUGGACUACAGAACCAUUGUCAUGCAUGACGAGAGCAAGGAGAACCGCAUGAGCUGCACCGUGAACGUGCUGAAUUUUUAUAAAGAAAAGAAGAGAGAGGACAUAUACAUAAGGUAUUUGUACAAGCUCCGAGAUUUGCACCGAGACUGUGAGAACUACACGGAAGCUGCCUACACGCUUCUCCUGCAUGCCGAGCUGCUGCAGUGGUCUGACAAGCCCUGUGUGCCCCAUUUGCUCCAGAGGGACAGUUACUACGUUUAUACCCAGCAAGAGCUGAAGGAGAAGCUCUAUCAAGAAAUCAUCUCAUAUUUUGACAAAGGCAAAAUGUGGGAGAAGGCGAUCAAACUGAGCAAAGAACUGGCUGAGACGUACGAGAGCAAAGUCUUUGACUACGAGGGCCUUGGCGAUCUCCUGAAAAAAAGGGCCUCGUUUUAUGAGAACAUCAUUAAGGCAAUGAGGCCUCAGCCUGAAUACUUUGCUGUUGGAUACUAUGGACAGGGCUUCCCUUCUUUCCUGCGGAAUAAGAUCUUCAUCUACCGGGGAAAGGAAUAUGAGAGGCGAGAGGACUUCAGCCUGAGGUUACUGACCCAGUUCCCCAAUGCGGAGAGGAUGACCAGCACCACGUCCCCUGGAGAAGACAUCAAGUCCUCCCCGAAACAGUACAUGCAAUGCUUCACCGUAAAGCCAGUGAUGAGCCUGCCUCCCAGCUACAAGGAUAAACCCGUUCCAGAGCAGAUCUUAAACUACUACAGAGCCAAUGAAGUGCAGCAGUUCAGAUAUUCCCGGCCAUUCCGGAAAGGAGAAAAGGACCCAGACAAUGAAUUUGCUACGAUGUGGAUUGAACGAACCACGUAUACGACCGCGUACACCUUUCCUGGGAUUCUCAAGUGGUUUGAAGUCAAACAGAUUUCAACAGAAGAGAUCAGCCCCUUGGAGAACGCCAUUGAAACCAUGGAGCUGACCAACGAGAGGAUCAGCAACUGCGUUCAGCAGCAUGCCUGGGACCGGUCCCUCUCCGUGCACCCCCUCUCCAUGCUGCUCAGUGGCAUCGUGGACCCGGCUGUCAUGGGGGGCUUCUCCAACUAUGAAAAGGCUUUUUUUACAGAAAAAUACUUGCAGGAGCAUCCUGAAGACCAGGAGAAGGUUGAGCUGCUAAAGCGACUGAUAGCGUUGCAGAUGCCUCUGCUGACGGAAGGGAUUCGCAUCCACGGAGAGAAACUGACUGAGCAGCUCAAGCCACUGCAUGACCGCUUGUCUUCCUGCUUCCGGGAACUCAAGGACAAAGUCGAAAAACUCUAUGGAGUUAUAACUCUGCCACCCAACUUGACGGAGAGAAAGCAAAGCCGCACGGGGUCUAUUGUGCUCCCCUACAUCAUGUCUUCCACUCUGCGGAGGCUGUCCAUCACCUCAGUGACAUCCUCUGUGAUUUCCACCUCUUCAAACUCAUCUGAUAAUGCUCCUUCCAGACCUGGAUCUGACGGGUCGGUCCUGGAGCCCCUUUUUGAGCGCAGGGCCUCGUCAGGUGCCAGAGUUGAAGAUCUGCCCCUCAAAGAGGACAGUGAAAACCGGAUCAGCAAGUUCAAGAGAAAAGACUGGAGUCUGAGCAAGUCCCAGGUCAUUGCAGAGAAAGCUCCAGAACCAGAUAUGACGAGCCCAGCCAGAAAAGCACAAAGGCCAAAAAGUCUCCAGUUGGUGGACAAUCGACUGACCCCAUUUCACAGUUCUUCACCUCCGCAGUCAACACCUUUGAGCCCACCUCCACUCACUCCCAAAGCUACCAGGACCCUAAGCUCCCCAUCUUUGCAGGCUGAUGGGCUGACGACUCCUUCUGUCCCACCGCCUCCUCCCCCCAAAAGCAAGCCCUAUGAGAGCAGCCAGAGGAACUCCACUGAGAUCGCUCCCCCACUGCCCGUCCGAAGAGAAGCCAAAGUCCCACCCCCACCGCCUCCGAAAGCGCGGAAGUCUGGCCUCCUUUCUUCUGAGCCUGGAUCCCAGUAAGAUCCUCGCCAACUCCGAGUGCCUUGGACAGCUGCUGCCUGAGAACCGGCCUCCAAGAGCCGGGGUCCCCGUCCCAUGGACUUCUGCCAACCGCCUCUCCUCAUCUGGGGUGAUGUUCACCAGCUCAAAACCGGUUCUGUUCUUCCAAAAGUUUCUCUUGCUCAGUGUUUGAGGCCACACCACAUCCCCUCCGGUCCACAUGGAAUUCCAGAAUCAGCCACUGUUUCCAAGGAGAGCUCUCCAUCACCCUUAUUCAGUCAGCCUCUACCGCAGAGACAGGGGGCUGCAAAGAGCCUGGACAAAUUCUGUAGUAUAUGUGGGAGCAACCCUGUAGCCUGCUCUUUAGAGGGCUUUCUGGCUUGGCUUCUGAAGAACCACACUUGAGACAGACUGACUUUUCUCACAUGGACAUACCCACCCUUUCCCAUGUAGCAUCUUGGAAGAGAUAAAUGGAUACCAAGCCCACUUAGGUCAUCUCUUUCUAAUAGCUACUGUGUCUCCUUGGAGGAAAAGAACACACGUUUUUAAUGAGAUGGGCUGUUUCUAGGUUUGAGUGGCCAUCGUUAUUGGAGAAACGUGAACUCAGAUGUGAGCCCCGAGUUCUGUAUCCCCCCGCCCCCAUCCUCUGUGACACAGGAAAGCUCCCCUCCCCCAAUGCACACCACACUCCCAACUAAUGGCCCCCACCGCACGGCCAUCACUCCUUACUGUGGAUGCCUUGGAAGCUCGUCCUUUCGCACAUGAAGUUUUGUGUCCUGUUACCUCCUCUGAGCUCAAAUCACUGGCUACUAGGGACUUAGGAGUCUUUGGUUCAGCAGUUCUUUUCCUGAACCCGUUUGGGUCAUUCGGCAGCCCUGCCCAGCCACCUUGUUUUACCCUGGAGAAGACAGUGCAAUAUUUCCCUGUAAUUAUUUAUUCCUCUUGAUUGUGGAAUUAAUUUGAUAACUUGCUAAUGGAA